CCUGCUGGAUUCUUUGAGGCAGCAAUGGGUGCCUCCGGUUCUCCUUCCUCUCUCUGCGAGGCUGCCAGGCGCGGAGGCGGCGGCGGCGGCGGCGUCCUUGUCCUUUAGGUAAUAGGCUGCGAGGGAUUUCUUGAGAAUGGCCAGGUUUUAACCAGAGAGUCUCUUGAACCCCUGAUUGGACAUGGAUUCAGAGUCCUGUACCCGAGCCUUCUCCCAAGCCCGAGUCUAUCUUGAACAGAUCCGAAGCCGUGUGGCACCAGGAGGUGAUGUUCAUGGAAUUGGGAAACGUGACUACCUGGUGGAUGCUGCUAAGCAGAUCCGUCUGGCUUUGGAGCGGGAUGUCAGUGAGGACUAUGAAGAAGCUUUCAAUCACUACAAGAAUGGUGUGGAUGUGCUGCUCAAUGGGAUCCAAGUUGAUACUAACAAAGAGCGCCGUGAAGCUGUGAAGAGAAAGAUCACCCAGUACUUGAAGCGUGCUGAAGAGAUCUUCAACUGUCAUCUGCAACGGACUCUGGGAAAUGGAAAUUCUGAUGAAACGGGUUACAGCAGCCUUCGCUUCCGUCCGAUCAGGACACUUAGCACACCUAUUGAGAACCUAAGACGCUGUAAAGUUGUCGGAAUAAUUGAUAAGGUACAAAUUGUGCAGGAUCCAGCCACAGGAGGAACCUUUAUAUUGAAGAGCCUCCCCAAGUCCCACAUUGAGACCCGUAGAAGACAGACAAUCAUUCCACAUGGAGUCCCCUUCAUGGUUGAAUUGGUGUGCUACUCUGUAAGUGAGGACUCCAUCUUCCUUCGCUUGGAGCAUGUAAAAGGAGGAACCCUCUGGUCCCAUCUUCGUUCGCAUCCUCGUUUCCAGCACCUUGAUUCCAGUACCUCUGACUGCUCCUGUCCAUUGAGGAGUCCAACACUCAGCUUGGCUGCAGAGCACACCAAAGAGGAACAGCUCAUAGGAAAUUCUCAAGAAGCUUCUUCUAGAUCCCAGCAGAGCUGCAGUGUCCACCCUGGGAACAAUGGUGGCCAGAUUCCUACUUGUUCAAAUCACUGCCUAUUGAAAAGUGCUGACCAGUCAUCAUCUCAGAAGAAGUCACCGAACCACACCCAUGCAAGAGCAGCAGUUGAAUACAAGGGGCAUACUGGAUCUCCUGCUGGGCCACGGGAAAUUCAUGGGAGGAAGGAAUUAAGCACAGCGUACCCUUUGACUGCUGCUAGAGAAUCUAAUUUCAAAAUAGCACCUUGGGAACGUAGUCACUCAGCCAACCAGAACCUAACAUUCCAGUCAAAUGAAUCCCUUAUCACAGUUGGUGGUAUCAGCAGCAUAGCCAGUCCUCAUCAGGAAACAGUACCUGCAGUACCAGCAGGUGAGAGAUUUAGCCAGCCUAUCUGGAAAGCAGCAAGAGGGUGCAGUACGCCAAAGACAGAAACUCGGUGUCGCAGACUCUGUAAGCUUGGGCAUCACCUAGCAUCUCUUCCACAGCAAAAUCACAUGUGUCCUGGAACUCCUCUGCAAAACCACUGCAGUCAGGAGAGUCAGUGGGAGAUAUCACACAAGAGAGAAGAAGGGCACAUUCAACAGGAAAAGACUGUUCCUGAUAGCAAACUGCACAAAAGUCAAAUGCCAUCAGAGCAAUACAGGCCAACAGAACAUCAGACUUUCCAAAAGCAUGGUCUGAUAGCCUGGGAUGUUAAUGAGAAUCAGGUACAAAUUUGGGCAGCAGAACUCAUUUUGGCUCUGGAGGGUCUCCAUCAACAAGGAGUCCUAUGCCAGGACCUUAAUCCACGAAACCUGCUGCUAGAUGAUGCUGGUCACAUCCGUCUUACAUACUUUGGCCAGUGGAGCGAGGUAGAGCCACAGUAUUGCAGUCAGGCACUAGAAGAUUUUUACUGUGCACCUGAAGUGGGUGGAAUAUCAGAGCUGACAGAAGCCUGCGAUUGGUGGAGUUUUGGAGCACUUCUCUAUGAGUUACUGAGUGGAAUGUCUUUAUCCCAGUAUCAUCCCUCAGGAAUUCAUCCUCACACCCAGCUCUGUCUUCCAGAAAAACUUAGCAAGUCUGCUUCCUCGCUGCUCUCAGAGCUGCUUAAGUAUGAUCCCAAGCAACGUUUGGGCUCUGGAGAAGAUGGAGUGAGCAGGAUCAAGUCACAUUCAUUCUUCAGCACCAUCCAGUGGAACAAGCUUGUUGCAUACUAAGAAAUGAAUAAAGGACAUUUGAGGGAUGUGGAUGUGUGAGAAAAAUUAAGCUGAAAAAUACAAUACCUCACAGUUUUGUAUGUUGGGCUACAUCCCACACCUGUGAUGACCCCAUAGCCUUCCAGAAGCACCUCUCCCUGUAAAAAGUGUCCUGGGCUUUAUGAACCUGGGCAGUACUAGCAGUGCUGUUGUUCAAGGAAAUCCAAAGCUGGAUCAGGGUUUAUUUUCAGCCUUCUGCUGUUUCUAUUUUACUGCCUUCCUGUAUGUCACUAUCAGCUACAGGGGUUGUUAGGCUUAAUAAGAAUAUUUAUGCCCCUGCAGAUACCUUUAUCUUAGUCCUAGUAGAGGUUGUGUGAAGCAUGGUAUGUGCAACACCAAAUAUUAGAUUCCACCUCCUCCUACCACAGUCUGGUGCUCCUUGAGGAAAGUUGGAUGUUGCCCUUCCUUACCAGAUUCUCCCUCACACACACAACCCCAAAAGAUAGCUCUCCCACCAUGCCAGGUUCUAUUUGCUUGUCUUUCAUUCCUUAACCCUUUCAAAUGAUUCCUCUAGUCUUUUCUUGCCCUGUAGGUGUAUCUGCCAUUCCACUUCUUACCUGUACUUCUGCAUUAUUUUUAAUCUCAAAGCAUCUUGCUGCUAUUCCAGCUUGACCCAUCCCAGUUUACUGGUGCAUUUCCGCUAAACGACCACUAGGUACCAUUUUUUGGUAGCUACACAUUUCACAGCUUGCAUGCAUGCCUUCUGAAGCUGGCUUCUGCUCCAGAAAGUUGACUAUUACAGGGAAAGUGAACCAAAGCACUUAUGAUCCCUUUCUGUGGUUCUUCCAUUUUCUUGCCUUUGAAUGUAUUGAAAUCAAUUAAAGACUCACAGCACAA